CGCCACGGCCACGACAACAACAUGGCCACGUUCCUGCUCUCGCUGUACGACGCGGCCGAGGUCGCGCCGCCGACACUUCACUGCGCCUUCACGGCCGGCGGCGAGGCAGUGCCCAUUGCGCGCGUUGCGCCGCUCGCCCUCGCGCACUACGAGCAGCGGGACGAGAGCCUCAACGCGGCUGUGUGGAGCCUGUUUCCUGUCGACGCGGGGGUGGACGAGCUGGGCGAGUUGAGGGAUCAGGCAGAGGCGGAGUGCGCGAGACGCUGGACACGGCGCCCAGACGGCAAAUACGACCGCACGUCGCUCAUCCUCGCGGCGCCGCACCACGAGCGGGGCCGCAUCGCCGCCAACCUCGGCACGCUGCGACACGCGUACGGCAGCCUCAUUGCCGGGGGGCACUACGUCCCCGAGACGCUGCACGACCUCAAGACGGCGGGCAUGGGGCUGCUGGCUGAGCGCAAGGCGCGCGGCGCGGCCGAGGCGGUCGGGGAGCUCGUCGAGCGGCUUAAUACCGAGAUGGACGAGGCGACGAAUAAACACUACGCCGUCGGUAACUGGGCGCGCGCACUCCUCGCCUACUGCAGAACGCUGUACGACCUGUACCCGUGGACGUCUACGCCGCUGAUCUUCCGCGCGGCCGAGGCGUUCGAGCUCGGCGUGGCGCAGCUCGAAGGCGAGCUCUGGACCAACAUGGCGCAGACGGCGCUCCAGCUCGGCAAGGUCACGCGCUCGGCGCGGUGGUACGGCGUGGCGCGCGACUGCGCCACCGCGGUCAUCCAGGCGAUGUUCACGUCCGCGCAGCUGCUAUCGACGGCGUAUCUCUUGUCCUCCGACGCGAUCAUCGGCCUCGCCGCCCUCGAACGGGAUGCUGACGGUGCCAACGGCGCGAACGGCGCCAGCGCCGUCGCGCUCGACGACCUCGCGAUGCAGCAGGCCGCAGCGGCGUCCGAGCUCAUCAUCAACGGCGGCGGCGACACCUGGGCCCACGGGGCGUGUUACUCGUCCCACGGAGCAUGCGGCGUGCCGUGGCGCGGAGCGCGGCCAGCGCCACGUAACCUCCGCGCUGGUGCUGCUGGGGACGGGGAUAAGCGCAUCAGGUGGCCGCAGGAGGCUUAUGGCUGA